UAUAGUAGUGAGAGUCCAAAGAGAAUCAGUGAGUCGACACUGAGCCGCUCUGUUGUCCGUCAGAGGGAGUCUGUUUGGACCGGAACCCUCGAAUUCGUUUCUCUUCAUUCGUUCUCCUCCUUCAACACUGAGUUGAUGCUUCACUUCUGCGCGGCGCGCGCCGGACUCUCUGGAUUCUAUUCUAGACCGCAAGCAAACAUCAGCACAGAUACACACAUCUGAGAUCCUCGCGCGGCAAAGACAACAUGUUGUGGAAAUUAGCUGAUAACGUGAAGUAUGAAGAUGACUGCGAGCAGGAAAGACAUGAUGUUAGCAGCAAUGGAAACCCCCGAUUACCUCACAUUGCCGCGGUGAGCCAGCACCUCUACAGCCCGCCACCGUCCCUCUCGCACACCGCCAGCUCAGACUUCCAGCCGCCGUACUUCCCUCCCCCUUACCAGCCUCUGCCGUACACCCAACCCAGCGACCCGUACUCUCACCUGGGCGACCCGUUUAAUAUCAACUCAAUACACCAUUCUGCAGCAUCUAAUCAGCAACAGUCAUGGCCCGGACGGCACGGUCAAGAGGCCAUCGGGUCCCACGGCCGGGGCGGACUCGCCAGUCCCCUUCUGGGCCUGGAAGGGGGCUCGUCCGGGAUGCGGCGGGACGGUUUUAGGAGACCGGAGCUGCUGCCUCCACACAUCCAUGGAAUCGAUUCGAUAGGUGAUAACAUCGGUUUGCACGAUAUAGGCCACGGAUUGGAUGAUGUUCAGCACGAAGGUGAUCACAGUAUUGUAAUUCCUGAUCACACAGUCAUCAAAAAAGGUCCAAUGUCCCUGUCGAAGGGAAGUCCGUUUGGGAUUCCCUUUCAGAAAGAGUUGCUGCUGGGAAUGGUGUCAAAUCCCACUGAGGUCUUCUGUUCUGUUCCUGGUCGACUCUCUCUUCUCAGCUCCACUUCCAAGUACAAAGUAACUGUGGCAGAAGUUCAGAGACGCUUGUCCCCGCCGGAGUGUCUAAAUGCAUCCCUGCUCGGAGGAGUAUUACGCAGGGCAAAGUCAAAGAACGGCGGCCGAUCCUUGAGGGAAAAACUGGAUAAAAUUGGGCUGAACUUGCCGGCGGGUCGCAGAAAGGCUGCUAACGUCACCUUACUGACUGCUCUGGUGGAAGGUGAGGCUGUACACCUGGCGAGAGAUUUUGGGUACGUCUGUGAGACCGAGUUUCCUGCUAAGGCCAUCGCGGAGUACCUCGGCCGACCGCACGUGGAACGCAAUGAGAUCAACUCUCGCAAAACCAUGCUCUUGGCAGCCAGGCAAAUCUGUAAGGAGUUCACCGACUUGCUGACUCAGGACCGAUCUCCUCUGGGAAACUCUAGGCCGGCUCCCAUUCUCGAGCCAGGGAUUCAAAGCUGCCUGACUCACUUCAGCCUCAUCACGCAUGGCUUCGGCUCUCCAGCCAUCUGUGCGGCCAUGACCUCGCUGCAAAACUACCUCAACGAGGCGCUCAAGCAGGUGGACAAAAUGUACGUGAGUUCGACCGGAGAUUCCUCGCAGGCCUCUUCCGACAGCUCCAACAAAGUAGACAAGAUGGACAAACACAGAAAUUCUGUGGGAAAGCGAUGGUCUGCCUGCAUCACCCAAACACCCCCUCCCUCCAUCACAACACGUACCGCCAAUUAGCCUGCGCUCUUGCUAACGAAGCCACGGCCUCCUCACCCCUCCACGGCAGACGGCAGAUGUCUGUGUUUCUGCGGGAAGCCACACGGACGGAGACGGCUCUUGCUUUCUUAGAAACGACCAUUACCUACUUUCCUGCGCAAGAAAUUACUCCAUGGCUCACAAGACAUAUCCAGUUUAAUUAAAAGCAUCUGUCCCGCCUAACGAUACGCAGCUAGUCCUGUUUAUUCUCCUAUAGUGCACUAAACAGCGCUAAUCAAAACAACCUGGCUGAAUUCCCUGGCCAGCCUUGAAGCCAUUAUCAGAUGCAAGGGAUUUCUGUUUUCUAAGAGUACUUUGUUCUUUUCUACAAAAAACACUCCCUUGUUGUAAGUAAUUGUCUCUAAUUGUCUUAAAUUUGAUGCACAAAAGUAAGGCCAUGCAUAGUAAGUUUUCAAAAGUUUAUAUAGUUUUUUUUACAACCUAUGUUUUAUGUCCACUCCACAUUUUAGAUGUAUUUUCUGUUUCAUCAGUUGAGCUAUUGCCAUCAAGUCUUGUUGUAACACAGUCAGAUUGUAUUGAUUGGAUGGUUGAUGUUAAUCCUGCAUGCUCAGCUCCACCAUAUGCUUGAUUCUCAUGGUCCCGGGACGCUUGUUUAAGCUGCAAUGCUUAUGAUGUGACGGACAGGACGAUGUGAAUGACUCUUAGUAAUCCACCUGUCAUUGAUGGUGCCUGUUGAUUUUUUUAUUUUGAUGAUCACUUUGACUCCCACUUGGAAAAUAUAUGUGUCCUUUAUGAAAAA